CAUCCAUUGCGCGUAAAAAAACACUUUCCUUCUCCGUGCGGUAAAAGUUAACUUUGCGCAACCAUGGCCACCUCGGUUCCGCUGCUGCCGUCCGCCCCGCUCGCCCAUCCCGCACCGCCUCCGAUCUCCAUCUCUGCCUCCUCCAGCCCGGCGAGUCUGUCCCCGAGUCCGUCCUCUCUGGCACCAUCGGCCGCUUCCAGUCUCUUCUGCUCGGACCUGCUACCCUCCGCGAGUCCCGCUCUGCCGGUGGGGAGCGCACCGCACAAGCCCGCGUACGCGACCCCGUCCCCGGUGGAGAGCACGCCGCGUAAUAACGAGUGUCGCCUGGUGGAGGUGCGCGGGGCUCGGCUCGCCUCGUUCACCGUGGACGGCCGGGAGUUGAUCUGCCUCCCGCAGGCGUUCGACCUGUUUCUGAAGCACCUGGUGGGAGGACUGCACACCGUCUACACCAAGCUGAAGCGGCUGGACAUCACGCCGGUGGUGUGUAACGUGGAGCAGGUGCGCGUUCUGCGGGGUCUCGGUGCCAUCCAGCCCGGGGUGAACCGCUGCAAACUUAUUUCGCGCAAAGACUUCGAGAUACUCUACAUCGACUGUACCAACGCAGGCUCCAGACCUGGCCGACCUCCUAAAAGGACCCAGAGUUUCGCGUCCCCUGAGAGUCCUCACAUCCUGCCCCAUUCAGUCUCUGGGCUCCUGUCUUCGGGAAUAAUGUCUCACACAGGUUUGACAGCUGCUACAUUAGCAGAGGCGAUGAAAAAGAAGAUUAAGAUGGAGGUGCUGAACAGUUAUCAUGGCAGUAAUAACCAUGCUGACUCUGAAAACGGAGACAUCAAAUCCUGCAUUGCAGGUUUGGAGCUGCCGUUCAUGAUGAUGUCACAUCCUCUGAUCCCAGUCAACCUGCCCCCUGCGUCAGUCACCAUGGCAAUGAAUCAAAUGAAUCACCUCAGUACCAUUGCCAGCAUGGCUGCCACCGCUCAGCUCCAGAGCGACCCGUCCCGAAUGGCCACUUCUGUCAUUAAGGAACGAGCCAGAGAUAGUCCGUCACCGUCGCCGUCUCUGGAGGACGGGCGCAGGUCAGACAGUCACAUGUCGUCCAGGCAGAGCAGCAGCGUGUCCAGCUCUCCCGCUCACACCGAGAGCUUGUCUGAUCGACCACCUUUGCAUCAGAACGGAUUUUCCCUGGGUCACGUCCUGUUAGGCCUGUCUUCUAAUGCCCCUCCAGGACCAAAAGAGGGGGAUCUGGCAACCCAGGAUGCAAGUCUUGACGCAAGGAGGACCCAUGCAGAAAAAGAAGAGAGAGUACUGUGCACUCCUACAUCUCGUGAGACUUAUGAGAGGGUUCCUCACACCGUCCCAACACUUCCACCAGGCUUUCCUACCCCACUGCUCUUCCCAGAAGGCCUUUCUUCCAUAGAAACUCUUCUCACCAACAUCCAGGGUCUGCUGAAGGUGGCCAUAGACAACGCCCGUGCGCAGGAGAAGCAGGUCCAGCUGGAGAAGAUGGAGCUAAAGAUGGAGCUGUAUCGAGAGAGGGAACUUCGCGAGACCCUCGAGAGACAGCUCUGUGUGGAGCAGAAGAACCGGGCUCUGAUUCACAAGCGACUGAAGAAAGAGAAAAAGACGAAGAGGAAGCUGCAGGAAGCUCUGGAGUACGAAUCCAAGCGGCGCGACCAGGCGGAACAGACGCUGCAGCAGACGACAGGCACUGAGCACGCUCACACUCCCAAUGAUCUGUCUGUUGAGGAUAUCGAGGACGACAUGAGCAGUGACAGAACAGAUGCAGACAGAACGAUACCAGAUGGACGGCUCUUUCUAAAGUCUGCUGUGAUGUAUUGAAAAAACUGAGCAUGGCAUAAAGAAACAUUAAUCAGAUCGAAGACAAAGGAAGCAGAAGUGUGAAUAAUCCCAAAAAAUCAAUUCUUUUAAAUGACUGAAGACAUUUCAAGGACCCCACGGGGUCGGUGACUACACAAUACAGCGAGGAAACAGUCAUGGACAUCGGAAAUCAAUGGUUUCAUUGUACCUCUCCGUGAAGUCGGGGCAUGACGUUCCUACCUUUUUUCUACUGCGGGGGCUAGAAACAACCACUAACCUUCAUGCCGGACCUUCACUGAAAUGCUGAGAUCAUUUUUUUAGGAUAUUUAACCCAUCCACACAUAACUGACUCUAACACAUCAGAUGAUCACUUUUAUAGCCUUUGUGCUGUUUUACAUUUAGCUAUGAGCAUUACUCCACGAGAGGCCAGUUGGAUUCGGGUUUAUUAACUCUUUAUUAACUCAAAUAUCAACCUGACAUUUAAACGUGUUUUUGUGUAACUUCUAAAAGGAAGCUUGUCCAUAUUUUGUUUGUCAUUAUUCUGUUCAAUUAUAACGAAACUGAACAUGAGAAGUGUACAUAAAAGUGUAGAGAUUAAUAUUGUGCAUUGUAUGUCGUAGGCUGUUAGGAAAUCAAUACAAACCUCUUUAAUGAAAUAUCCUGCAUCUAAGUUAUUAUUAUUGUUAUUAUUUGUUCCAUAAUCCAUUAUCAUACCUGACUAGAGCAUGCUGGCAUGUCAUUACUUUUGUUGUGUCCAUCUGAUAUAUAAUAAAGUAUUUUUUCAC